UGGCGCUGCAUUCGCAACAUGGCGGUAUCUUCCUAAAACAAAUGUUUAUCGCCGAUAAUGUGAUGUUAAAAAUACGUAUUUUAAUAGUAAUGGAGCGUAAAUAAUUCCCCAAUGUCACACAAAAAUAUCUGCAUGACCUGGAAGUCUGUAUAAACCGAAAAAUCGUCGGUGAUCAAUUCCAAAACGUGAUAGACAACUUGGAGGUUAAUUUGAGUGAUUGUGAAGUUACUUCGUGGUGCAAAAGAUUUAUUAAAAUCAAGAUGUUGUUGAGAUGCUGUCAGUAUGCAACACGAUGCCAGCCUAGGUAUUUUGUCACGAGUGCAAUUAGAAAUUCAUUCACGAGAAAAAAAUCAGAUGCUGAAAUCGCUGCUGAGAAGAAACAGAAGACUGUGCAUUAUGUCACUGCAAUUGGAUUAUUAACUCUUGGUCUGGCCUAUGCUGCUGUUCCCCUGUACAGAUUAUUUUGUCAGGCGACGAGCUACGGUGGUACUAUAAGUACUCACAGGCCAGAAGAUGUCGAUAAGAUGAAGCCAGUGAAGAACAGAGUCAUCAAAGUCCACUUCAACGCCGACAUUGGGGCUGCCAUGCUUUGGAACUUCAAACCACAACAGAGAGACAUCAAAGUGUCCCCUGGAGAGACUGCUCUGGCGUUUUACACAGCGAAAAAUCCAUCUGACCACCCAGUGAUUGGAAUUUCUACGUACAACGUUGUUCCCUUCGAGGCUGGACAAUAUUUCAAUAAAAUUCAGUGCUUCUGCUUUGAAGAACAGCAGCUCAACCCUCAUGAAGAGGUGGACAUGCCAGUAUUCUUCUACAUCGACCCAGAAUACGCCGAGGACCCGCGACUAGAGAAUUGCGACGACAUCACUCUCUCCUACACAUUCUUCGAGGCGAAGAAGGGAUUGCAAUUGCCUGUACCGAGCUACAUUAAAAAGCACAUUGCUUAGUGCAAGUAGUCUGUGCUUUGGUGGAAAUUGUACAGAAGGUUAUUGAUUAAAUGUUAAACUAUAAUUUAA